AUGAUGGCAGCGGAAAUCACCACCGAGUACUCUUCUCACCAAGAUGCGCCUUGGUAUAACGUUUCUACAACAAACCCCAGCAGUACAAGCAUGCUCCGCAUCCUGACCAUUCGUCUUCAAAUCACCCCAAAACCACACCUCAUGGCCAUGAAAAAAGAGCAACCUUUAUUCUGCGGAAACAUUGAGCCCCAGGAACGAACCUUCAAAUCUACAGCUUCAACACCAAGCUUCCACACUCGUAUCCUCCCAACAAUCAAACACGACCACCAGGAACUCGUCUACCACAGCCAAAAGAUCUUCACCUCCACCAACCCAGACGAACAAACCCGCUAUCAAAACCAAUUCACCUGGGAACUAGCCCGCCACCUAAUCGGCGAAGAAUUAGUCGUCUACCCAGCCAUCAUAGCCUCUCUCUCCGACGGUCAAGAAGCAGCCGACAGAAAUAGACUGGAGCACCAAGGAAUCAAAGAGAAGCUGAAGAUAUUCCAGGAUCUAGCAUCUACAGAUCCAAGAUUCGUGCCAACUCUCCGGGGACUGAUGGACGAUUUUGGCAUCCAUGCUAGACAUGAGGAAGAUGUGGAGCUGCCUCGUCUUGAGAGCAUGCUUUCUAAAGAUGAGAGUGUGGAGAUGACCAAGUCGUUGGAUAGGACUAAGGUUUUUGUCCCGUCUAGAUCGCAUCCGCAUUCUCCUGUGAAACCGCCAUUUGAGAGUGUUGCUGGGCUCAUUACGGCGCCGAUUGAUUCAGUGGCGGAUCUGUUUCGAAAAUGGCCUGAUGGGAAGAAAGGUUAG